ACACCUGGUGGACAGGGGUGGAAGUGCAGGCUCACGUCUUUACAGUAGGGCUACCGCGUCAUCAUCAUCAUCAUGUCUAUUGCCGUAGAGGAGCAUCUACCGCAUUGAAGACAUGCUCACUCGGGCUGUCGCUGCUUUAUGACUCAGCGUUCAUGUGGGGGAAAAAAACACAAAAAAAGCACAUUGCCUUUGCACCUUAUUAAUAGCUUGUAGUUGUAGUAGUAUUAAGACAGACGAGAAUUGGUGCUAUUUAUAUUCCAUUUCAAAUUUUGUCAUUAAAAAUAUAUUUUACUGAAGAAUCAUGGAUCAGUUCCGUGGUUUGUUUGUGAAACUAGACAAGAAUAACGACGGGUCUAUAUCAGUGGAAGAACUUCAUAAUGAGAUUAAAAAAACUGGAAUUAUGGCUGCAGAUCAGAAGGCUCAGAAUGUCGUUAAUAACUAUGACAGAAACAAGGAUGGACGUUUAGAUUAUGACGAAUUUCUAAGCUAUAUGAGGGACAGAGAGAAGAAAUGGAGAAUUCACUUCAUGGCCCUUGACAAGAAUAAUUGCGGGGUCAUUGGCCAGGAGGAAAUCGUAGAUCUAUUUAAGGAGUUAGGAGUGAACAUAUCAAAGCCGAAUGCAAAAAGAAUUAUACAAAUGAUGGACAAGGACAGUUCUAUGACCGUGGACUGGGGAGAGUUUCUGCAGCAUGUCAUCCUCAACCCUGCAGAGAACCUGGGAGAACUGGUCACUUCAUGGAAACACACUCUGGUGUUUGAUGUGGGUGAGAGCCGGACCAUGCCCCUGGAGCUUCCCCCGGACCUGUCAGCAGGCUCAGGGGAAUGGAGGAGUUUCGUCCUGGCUGCGGGGCUGGCCGACGCCGUGUCCAGAACCCUGACUGCUCCUAUCGACCGCCUCAAGACACAACUACAGGUGUAUGGAUCCAAAGCGUCCUCCCAGGGAUUCAGAGAGCUAAAGGCAGGUGGUGUGAGGUCGAUGUGGCAGGGAAAUGCUGUGAAUGUGCUGAAGGGAACCCCUCAGUCAACUCUACAGUGCCUUAUCUACGCUCAGAUGAAGGUGUACACCCAGGGCUGGCAGCAGGAGAGCCUGUCAGUACAGCAGAGGUUUGGGCUGGGCUGUGUAUCUGGGGCAGUGGCUCAUGCUGUCUUCUACCCUCUAGAGGUGCUAAAGGUGAGACUGAACCUAUGGGCCGGUACCUACAGCGGGGUGGUGCAGUGCGCCCGCUCCAUCUACAGGAAUGAAUCUGCUGCAUCCUUCUACAGGGGUUUCAGACACAGUAUCCUCUGUAUGAUCCCGUACGCUGGGGUGGAGUGUGCCGUUCACCAGUCCAUUGUGACCUGGGCUAAGACCCAACAGGACUACAGCAGUGACUCCCAGCUCUUCUUUUUCAGUUUCGUGGCCUUCUCCGCUGGACAGAUGAGCAGCUAUCCUCUAGCUGUGAUCAGAACGCAGCAGCAAGCUCAGGCUUUCAGUUCAACUUCACCCACAACUUUUCUUCAGGGGUUCACAGGCAUCUAUGAGAGACAUGGAAUACGAGGAUACUACAAUGGGAUGGGGGCCAGUUUCGUCCGGGCGAUUCCAUGUGCUCUGUUAAACUACACCUUGAUGAAGAAACUAGACACAGUGCUUUCCUGAUUCAGAGUCAUAGUCAAUUAUAAUUUGUAUGUUUUUUGUGACUGAUUUUAUGUAAUACUCUGUACACAACGACAACCUUCAAACUUGAUGCCGUUGUCCAUAAACUGUCCCAAAAUACUUCAAAUCGCAAUGAACUACCAAAUAGAACGAAUAAAUAUACUAACAAAGGACUGUUGUUGGAUGGGCUGAUUGGAGCUCAAUCUCCAGCCUGACCAAUCCUUCGUUGACCCCUAUUGUCAUUAAAUCAUUGUGAAGUAUC